AUGCUAUCUUCGUCAUUGCGCUCUCUCUGCCACCGGGGCCCCUCAAUGGCCUCGCGGGCCUUCAGCACCUCGUCCGCUGUCCAUGCUGCCGAGGUUAAGUCGCUGGGUGUGAUAGGAGCUGGGCAGAUGGGGUUAGGAAUUGCUCUAGUAGCUGCUCAGAAAGCCCAAGUCCCAGUGACCCUAAUCGACAACUCCCAAGCAUCCAUCGACAAGGGCCUCAAGUUCGCCGACAAACUCCUCGACAAAGAUGUAUCCAAAGAACGUCUCACCCGGGACGCCGCCGACGCCGCCCGGGCGCGCAUCACCCCGAGCCUGAAAAUGGACGACCUCUCCACCGUCGACUUUGUCAUCGAAGCCGUCCCUGAGAUCCCCGACCUCAAGACCUCUAUCUUCUCGAAACUCGCCCAAAUUGCCCCUAAACAUGCCAUCCUCGCUACCAACACCUCCUCCAUCUCCAUCACCAAGAUCGCAGCCGCCACCACAACAGACCCCAGGGACCUGCAGGCCCCCUCGCGCGUCAUCUCCACGCACUUCAUGAACCCAGUCCCCGUGCAAAAGGGCGUAGAGAUUAUCGCUGGCUUGCAAACCUCCCAGGAAACAAAGGACACCGCUAUCGCUUUUGUCCAGCGUAUGGGCAAGGUCGCUUCUGUUUCUGCGGACUCGCCUGGUUUCCUGGCGAACCGGAUCCUCAUGCCAUAUAUCAAUGAGGCAAUCAUCUGUUUAGAGACCGGCGUCGGUGGUCGUGAGGAUAUUGAUAACAUCAUGAAGACGGGCACAAAUGUGCCUAUGGGUCCGUUGGUGUUGGCGGACUUUAUCGGUCUGGAUACUUGUCUCGCUAUCAUGAAUGUCUUGCAUCAGGAGACUGGUGAUAGUAAGUACCGGCCAUCCGGGCUGUUGAAGCGUAUGGUUGAUGCUGGGUGGCUGGGCAAGAAGUCUGGAAAGGGCUUCUACGACUAUUAA